UCAGGCAACAGCAAUGGCAUUCAAGCUCGUGGUCCUCAGCGCUUUACUCGCUUACGCCAGUGCUGGUCUGGUCAGCGCUCCAGCCACCCUCUCCCACGCCCCCAUCUCCUAUGGAGCCGCCCCCAUCUCCUAUGGAGCCGCUCCCAUCGCCUACGGAGGCUAUGCAGCCCCCAUUGCUCGUGCUUCAUUGGCUGUAGCCGCCCCCAUCGCCCCAGUAGCCCGUGUUGCCGCUCCAGUCGCCGUCGCCGCUCCCAUUGCCCGUGCCGUAGCCGCCCCCAUCGCCCCCGUAGCCCGUUAUGCCGCUCCCGUCGCCGUCGCCGCUCCCAUCGCUCGUGCCGUAGCCGCUCCAGUUGCCGUCGCCGCCCCCAUCGCUCGUGCCGUAGCCGCCCCAGUUGCCGUCGCCAAGACCGUCGUCGCUGACGAAUACGACCCCAACCCACAGUACUCUUUCGGAUACGACGUCCAAGACGGUUUGACCGGAGACUCCAAGAGCCAGGUUGAAUCCCGCUCCGGAGAUGUCGUCCAAGGCAGCUACUCCCUCGUUGAUCCCGAUGGCACUCGUCGUACCGUCGAAUACACCGCCGACCCCAUCAACGGAUUCAACGCUGUAGUCCACAGGGAACCCCUUGUCGCUAAAGUCGCCGCCCCAGUCGCCGUCGCUGCCCGUGUUGCCGCCCCAGUCGCUGUAGCUGCCCCAGUUGCCCGUGUUGCCGCCCCAGUCGCCGUCGCUGCCCGUGUUGCCGCCCCAGUCGCUGUAGCUGCCCCCAUUGCUCGUGUUGCCGCCCCAGUUGCCGUAGCUGCCCGUGUUGCCGCCCCCGUGGCUGUAGCUGCCCCAGUUGCCCGUUAUGCCGCUGUAGCUGCCCCAGUUGCCCGUUAUGCCGCUGUUGCCUCUCCAGUCCUCCGUACUGCUGCCUAUGCCGCCCCAGUAGCUGCCCACUACGCCGCACCCAUCGCUACUUCCUACGCCGCACCCAUCGCUACUUCCUACGCCGCACCCAUCGCUACUUCCUACGCCGCCCCCAUCGCUAAGGUCCACGCUCCCUUAGCUUACUCCGCCUCUGUUCUCCACUAA